CGGCCGGACCGUCUGCUUACUCUGCACACCAGACAGACCUCCACUUGGAUCUGGAAGAAGUUUUUUUUUUUCCCCUUUAAUUAAUAUGAAGUAAAGUCUGCAUUGCAUUAUUGCAUUUCUGUGCAAGAAGAAACAAGAUCAGAAGCACAUAUAUUAUGGACACUAAUGGAGACUGCUGUCAAUAAGAAUAUGAUCUCAGUUUAAACUUUAGUUGUUUUCUUUUUGUUCUUCUUUUCUUCCACCGGUUGCCCUGCUUCCUUUAUUAGAUCAGACAAUGCGACUGAUUGUAUUAUCUGCGGUUGUGCUGCUGUGCGUCAGGACCCCGGCCCGCGCCGAACCCAAGUCCAAAGCCUGCCCGUCCCGCUGUGAUGUGAGCGCGUGCCCGAGCCCGAGCUGCCCGAGCGGGUACGUGCCGGACCGCUGCGGCUGUUGUCUGGUGUGCGCGCGCGCCGAGGGUGAAUCGUGCGGCCGCGCGCACGACCUGCCCUGCGGCGACGGGCUGGAGUGCAAACACCCGGCGGGGAAGCGGCUCUCUAAAGGCGUGUGUCAGUGCCGCUACGGAGCCAAAGUGUGCGCCAGUGACGGCAACACGUACGCCAACGUGUGCCAGCUCAAAGCCGCGAGCCGCAAAGCGCUGCAGCAGGGCCUGCCGGGACUCAGCUCUGUGCACAAGGGCCCCUGCGAGAGUGGCCGAGGUCCCACACACCCCAACAGCCCGAGGUAUAAAUUCAACUUCAUUGCUGAUGUGGUGGAAAAGAUUGCUCCAGCUGUGGUUCAUGUGGAACUGUUCCUCAAACACCCACUGUUUGGCCGGACUGUACCACUGUCAAGCGGCUCAGGCUUUGUGAUUUCGGAGACUGGGUUGAUUGUAACAAAUGCUCAUGUCGUGUCCACCACCACAUCCGUGUCAGGACAUCAGCAACUUAAAGUGCAGAUGCAUGAUGGAGACCUAUACGAUGCUACAAUUAAAGACAUUGAUAAAAAGUCCGACAUUGCCACCAUCAAAAUCAACCCACAGAAAAAACUGUCCGUCUUAUUGCUGGGUCACUCAGCAGACUUGCGGCCUGGGGAGUUUGUGGUUGCUAUUGGGAGUCCGUUUGCUUUGCAAAACACAGUGACCACAGGAAUCGUCAGCACAGCUCAAAGAGAUGGAAAAGAACUGGGUAUCCGGGACUCAGACAUGGAUUACAUCCAGACUGAUGCAAUCAUAAAUUAUGGGAAUUCAGGUGGCCCCCUUGUCAACCUGGAUGGAGAAGUGAUUGGAAUCAACACCCUAAAGGUAGCAGCGGGGAUCUCCUUCGCCAUUCCUUCAGACAGAAUAACCCUUUUCCUCAAUGACUCCAUGGGGAAGCAAAGCAAAGAAUUGAGAUCAGUGAAGAAGCGUUUCAUCGGAAUUCGCAUGCUCACUAUUACUGAAGCACUUGUAGAGGAGCUCAAGCAGCACAACCCAGACUUCCCUGAUGUUAUCAGUGGAAUCUAUGUCCAUGAGGUGGUUCCUCACUCUCCUGCUCAAAAAGGGGGUAUAAAGGACGGUGACAUCAUCGUAAAGCUGAACGGCCGGCCGUUAUCCAGCACCAGUGAGCUGAAGGAGGCGUUGUUGGAGGACACGGCUCUGCUGCUGGAAGUCCGCCGAGGCAACGAUGAUCUGCUGUUCAACAUUGAGCCUGAUGUUAUCAUGCAGUGACAUUUAUGCACCUUACCAUUUGCUCUGGUGAUGCCAGGACAAACAGGGGAACAUGGAUGGCAUGCCGGCAGCCACAGAAAAUAAAAGCCAAAGCCUUAAACACUAUGAACCCCCAAAAACAGCUGAGUAGGAGUUUCCCUGCUGUGCUUUGUCACCAAAAUACUGUAUAUAUAUGGAUGGAGAUGAAGCCUUGUAUUAUUUAGUUUAUGGUGAAUAAGGAAAUGUAUAGUACUGUACUGUUUUUUAAAGACAAUGCUGGCGAUACUGAAAAGCAGCUAGAUUUGUGCCUGAUGCCAUUCCACAAGCCAGGGUGAAGCAGAAUGAGCACAUGUAGAUGGUCAGUAUGCCAUCUUUGAAUUUUAACGUGUGUCAAGACAUUGUAAUAAAAUAAAAUAAAAAACUGGGGAAAAAAAAAAAAGUCAAACAUGCUAUGCAUUAGCACAUUGUACAAAAUGUGACCAACACAUCCUAUUGCUGUUCAUUUUAUAACUGUCUUUUGAUGCUCGAUAUCUACUUUUGUAACA